AUGGAAGAAAUGGAGAAUGAGAAUAAGGCACUCCGUGACCAAAUGAAAGAGCACCAGGAAAGGGUAGACAAAAUACCCGGUGCACCAAAAUUACUGCCGAAACGCGACGUAGGACGUUUCGUCGAGCAACCGUACAGCGAGGAAGCCGCCCCUCAUCCGAUCCCAAAAACCUUCAAGAUGCCCCCAUAUUUGAGAAUAUAUGAUGGGACCACGGACCCAGAAGAUCAUCUGAUCCACUACGUAACCGCUGUGAAAGGAAAUGACUUGUCAAAGGAGCAGGUGCCGUCCGUGCUGCUGAAAAAGUUCGGAGAAACCCUGACCGGAGGGGCACUAACAUGGUAUUCGCAACUGCCGGCUAGGUCGAUAUCAACGUUCGAGGAGAUGGCGGACAAAUUCGCUACCGCCCAUGCGGGAGCAAAGAAGGCCGAAGCAAGGGUUAACAACAUAUUUGCGAUCAGGCAAACGACAGGCGAAGGGCUCAAGGACUUCUUGGCACGAUUCAACAGAGUAAGAAUGAGCCUGCCUAACGUAUCGGAGGGAAUGGCAGUUGCUGCCUUCCAAAACGGUUUGAGCAGGGACGGGUCGAAAGCAACCAAGAAACUACUCAACCGACUCAUGAAGUAUCCCCCCACAACGUGGGAGGAGAUCCACAACGCCUACUGUGCAGAGGUAAGGGCAGACGAGGACGACCUUAACGGUCCGACCCAGCGGCUAACGUCAGUACAGACGGAAACCAGGAGAGAUCAAUGCAACGACGGGCGACGGGACCCGCUCCCACGGUUUAAUAGAGAAAGGCAUCAACCCUACGUUAGAGCCCCUAACCCGCCUCCUCCGAGACACCAGGACGCCUUGCAACGACAUACUGCUACGCUCCGGAAUGAAAGAGAUAUAGUAUACGCACUGGAGAAGCUAGGCCCGAAGGUACACUGGCCGCCAAAAAUGAAAUCAGAUCCUAGUGCAAGAAAAUCAAACGUCCUGUGCGAGUUCCACCAGGAACGGGGACAGAGGACCGAAGACUGCAUAGGCCUACGACAAGAAGUAGUCAGGAUGCUGAACCAGGGAUACCUGAAGGAGCUGCUCAGCGACAAAGGGAGAGCCAACUUCGCCAGGGGACGCGACCAAUCUCAAGGGCCGCCAAAACCGCCGUCCCCGACACGAACCAUACAGAUGAUUGUCGGCGGCGGUGAUAAUUCGACAAUCAACCACGUCAAGUUCACCACCACGCACAAACUGAAGCGCACAAUCGCUCACGAACGACGACGGAAGCGGCGCGUGUAUUAUCCAUCCGAGAGUCCUUACGCAAAUGACGCUUGA